AUGUCGACAGCCGGAUGGUUUGAUGCGUUUCGCGAAAACGGUGAUCCAUCUUGGUUUGGUGAUAACCGAACUCCCGUCGUUUUUGAUCUAAGAAUCUUUGCUAUUGCAUCUGUAUUCCUACUUAUUCUGAUUGCAUUCCUGAUCAUUCUUCCUGGUAUCAGGUAUCAUAAACUAGCUUCAACAAUCACCGUACUGUUGACAAUUUCAGUUGGUGCUAUUAUAAUGAGUAAGUUUUGUUAUUCUAUUCUUUUUUUUUUUUUUUUUUUUUAAUA